GAUGUGAAUCCCGCAGAGCACCUAUUUUCCACGGACAGAGUUACAGGGCGAUGCUUGUGCCUGAUUACAGGACGGUGACUCUGAAUUAAAGGGGGUGCGAGGCAGGAGGCCGGGUACACAGAGGCUGGAUGGAUGUGAGAAGACGCGGGGCUUCGGGGAGGAGCGCUCCCUCAAAAGCGAGCGGCACUGUCGGGUAAUGUAGCAGUCCAGCCUGAAGAGCAGCGACCAAGCAGCGAGCAGGGCGCAGCAUCAGAAGAUUCAAGGGACUGCAACUACAGGAAGAGGCGCUAGGAGGCCCGAGCAAGGCAGCUAAAAAGCCUCAACCUAGAGGAGCGGUGCCUGUGGAUGGACAGUGCAGGCACCCAUGGCGUCACAGGAGCUUGUGGAUGCGAGAGACUCUGCCAAUGAUAAUCUAAACCCAGGAAUGGAGGGUGGUGCUGCACCCAGCAAUGGUAAAAUCUGUCCUGUCCACAAACCUGGUGGAGAGGAUACAAAGCGGGGCUUCCGGAAAGGCAUAAGCAGGCAUAAUGACUACGUGAAGAUUUCUGUGCCAGAGUCCAAGAUCAACCGUCUGCCCAUGGAGUGGUGGAAGACAGCAGUGGUCUUCUUUUAUGCUGGCUUUAACUUGGUCUUGACAACAGUCGUCAUCACUAUAGUCCACGAGAGGGUCCCACCCAAAGAAAGCAGCCCGCCUCUUCCUGAUAAGUUUUUUGACUAUAUUGACAGGGUCAAAUGGGCAUUUACAGUGACAGAGAUCAAUGGCAUGGUGCUGUUGGCUAUUUGGAUGAUCCAGUUAUUCUUCUUCAGAUACAGGUCAAUAGCCAGCAGGCGGUUCUUCUUCCUCAUUGGCACCCUGUACUUGUACCGCUGUGUCACUAUGUACAUCACCACCCUGCCUGUGCCUGGCAUGCAUAUGACUUGUGCUCCUAAGCUCCACGGAGACUCCCAAGCAAAAAUCCAACGAAUUCUGCGGCUGAUUUCAGGCGGAGGUCUGUCCAUUACAAACUCCCACCUCCUGUGCGGAGACUUCCUCUAUAGCGGACACACCGUGAUGCUCACACUCACCUACCUAUUCAUCAAGGAGUACUCGCCACGGUCGUUUUGGUGGUACCAUCUGAUGUGCUGGCUGCUGAGCGCCGUGGGUGUGGUGUGCAUCUUGGUGGCACAUGAGCAUUACAGUGUGGAUGUGGUCGUGGCCUAUUUUAUCACCUCGCGCCUGUUCUGGUGGUACCACACCAUGGCCAACUUACAGACUCUGAAAUGCUCGCCCAACAACUACCUCACCAACACCUGGUGGAACCCACUGUUCAACUUCAUGGAGAGGAACGUCCAAACUUCGAUCCCAUGCUCCUACAGCUGGCCCAUCACCUGGCCUCCCGCCUGCCUUAAGAACCCCUGCAAGAAGUACUCCAUGGUACAGAGCACACGAGAGGAGUGACGCCACCUUCAGAGCGCUGUCUGCCAGACAGUAACAUAAUGAUACCAAAUGCAUAGCUAUCAAACAAAUGCUUCUGCAAAAAUGAGAAAUAAUCAUAUUGUCUCUAUGUUUGUUCUUUAUAGAUGUAAUUUAUUUAUGAGAUAAAGUCCCACAGAGUCAUCAGUGUUUUUGUAACUCGGCUCCUAGUUAACGUCAGACAUGAGCGAAGAAUUUGUUCCAGCAGGUUUGUUGCAGUAUUUGCAAGAUUUGAUUUUAAAUAUGCUAGCGUACUCUUUCAUACUGUAUGUGUUGAUGGGGUUUACCUCAAUAUGAUAUUAUUGUGCUCAAGUCACAAGGUGCCUUAGUGUGUUUAAUGUCAGUAGGUGUACCAAAACUGCCAUUACAAGUCUUGGUGUUUUGUUGUUGUUGUUGUUUUUUUCUAUGAGUAUUUUGUUAUUAUUAAUUUUGUAUUCAUUUUAGUAGCCUUGAGUGUGUAUCCAGCUGUAGUCUCAACAUUGUACUAUUGUAUUAAAAAUUAAACAUA